UCGAGCUGCUCGCUUUCUAUUCCUGGAGGGACCCAUUCUCGCUGUUGCUCUGCUCGAAAACUGAUGAAAGAAAUAAAAGAGCUUGCUUGUAAUUAAGACUUCGUUAAAAUAUCUACGUUAGGAAAGGGCAUUUACACCGCGAAUAUAAGAGGGGACCGGGAGCCGAGAGGAUGUGUAGGUAAUGCUCACAGAGAGCUUUGGGGCACCAUGUCUGAAGAGGCGAUCUCAGGGAGCGAUCUGGAGCCCGACCUCAACAGCGAGGAGGAGGAUCUGGAAGAGGAGGAGAUGGAGGAGGAGGAUGAUGAAAACGAUGGGGAUGACGAAGAGGACGGCGUUGAGCAUCCUCAGCGGACCUCUUUCAGCACAGAGAAUGAUGCCCAGGGAGGGGACCCCUUGGGGUGGCAGGGCACCCCACCAUCUACCUCACCAUCAGGAGAGGCCUCGUCACGGCCCUCGUCACGGCCCUCGUCGCGGCCCUCCUCCCAGCCAGACAGCCACAGCUCGGUCUCCCUUGGCAGCACCAAGAAGAGGAUCUCUAAGCCUGCCCAUAUGAGAAGGAACAUUCGCAAGAUCUUGCGAGAGCAACAGUUAGAAGCAGUAACCAAAGCUGCCCAGCACGAGGAGUUGGAGAGGCGGAAGAGGCUAGAGCAGCAAAGGAAGGACUUCCCAGUACCUCUCCCAGAGCUUGCACAAGGGGAUGGUGUUCUGAGGCUGGCAGAUGUACCCCAGAGCAUAUCAUCAACCCCAGUCACUAAGCAGGAGGUCAUCUGCCUAGACAGCAGUGCCAGCGCCAGUGAGGAUGAUACUGGGGGUCCAGUGAUCAAGGACACCAAGGAUGAUGUGAUCGAGCUGAGCUCCGGAGAGGAUGACACCCCGCAGUUCAGUGAUGGUACCAACGGCGAGGAAGAUAGGGCGGGGACACCGGGCACUGAGGAGAGCAGUGGGGCCCAUGUCAACGACGCGCUCAACCAGCCCGACGCCGAGGGCCGAGUCCUGGUCAACAUCAACCAUCCCUCCAACGAGAGGGACCUCUACCUGGUUCCACAGAUCACCAGGGUGGUCAAGCCCCACCAGAUCGGCGGGAUCCGCUUCCUCUACGAUAACCUGGUGGAAUCGCUGGAGAGGUAUAGGACCAGCAGUGGCUUUGGCUGCAUCCUGGCCCACAGCAUGGGUCUGGGCAAAACCCUGCAGGUCAUCUCCUUCGUCGACAUCCUGCUCCGCCACACUGGAGCUCACACGGUGCUGGCUAUUGUCCCCGUGAACACGCUACAGAACUGGCUCGCAGAAUUCAACAUGUGGCUGCCGGCCCCUGAAGCCCUGCUCCCAGAGAGCAGCCCCGCCGACGUGCUGCCUCGGACCUUCAGAGUGCACAUCCUUAACGAUGAACAUAAGACCAUGACCGCUCGUGCCAAGGUGAUAGGCGAUUGGUCAGUGGAGGGUGGUGUGCUUCUCAUGGGGUACGAGAUGUACCGCCUGCUGUCACUGAAGAAGAGCUUCGCCACCGGACGUAAGAAGAAGUCCAAGAAGCCGGCGGCACCGGUCAUCAUUGAUCUGGACGAAGAAGACCGACAGCAGGAACUACUGAAAGGCGUGGAGAAAGCCCUGUCGCGACCGGGCCCGGACGUGGUGAUAUGCGACGAGGGCCACCGGAUCAAGAACUGCCACGCCAGCACGUCUCAGGCGCUGAAGAGCAUCCGGUCGCGGCGGCGUGUGGUGCUGACCGGCUACCCGCUGCAGAACAACCUCAUCGAGUACUGGUGCAUGGUGGACUUUGUGCGGCCUGACUUUCUGGGCACGCGGCAGGAGUUCAGCAACAUGUUCGAGCGACCCAUCCUCAACGGGCAGUGCAUGGACAGCACGCCACAGGACGUGCGCCUCAUGCGUUACCGCAGUCACGUGCUGCACAGCCUGCUGGAGGGCUUCGUGCAGCGGCGAGGGCACGAUGUGCUGAGGUGCCAGCUCCCCUCCAAGCAAGAGCAUGUGAUUCUGGUGCGCCUGUCGCCCAUCCAGCGGGCUCUGUACACCGAGUUCAUGAACCGCUUCCGGGAGGCCGGGAACAGCGGUUGGCUCAGCCUCAACCCGCUCAAGGCUUUCUGUGUCUGCUGCAAGAUCUGGAACCACCCAGAUGUUCUGUAUGAAGCCCUGCAGAAGGAGAACCUGGCCAGUGAGCAGGACCUCGACCUGGAUGACCUGAAUAGUAACCGGUGCCCUGCGCCCGGCCUGAAAGGGAAGCCGGCGGACUCGGCUAACAGCAGGUUUGGCAUGCCUGGGCUCGGCAUCCUGCAAGAGAAGGCCAACCAAGUCAUCACGUACGAAUGGGCAAAGAAUAUCAUGGCCAACUACCAAACCGGGGUUCUGGAGAACUCUGCAAAGAUGGUGCUGCUAUUUCACCUGAUCGACAAGAGCGUCAGCCAGAGGGACAAAGUUCUGGUCUUCAGUCAGAGCUUGUCUACGCUGUCCGUAAUCGAGGAGUUCCUGGUCAAAAGGCCGAUGCCGCUAGGCAAAGCUAAUGCAGAGGGCCAGAGCCAGAACUGGGUUCGCAACGUCAGCUACUAUAGGCUGGAUGGGAGCACGUCGGCAUCCGAGAGGGAGCGUCUCAUUAAUCAGUUCAACGACCCCACGAACGAGGCAGCGUGGCUGUUCCUACUCUCCACCAGGGCGGGCUGCCUUGGCGUGAACCUGAUCGGGGCCAGCCGUGUGGUGGUGUUCGAUGCAUCGUGGAACCCGUGCCACGACGCGCAGGCCGUCUGCAGGGUGUACCGAUAUGGCCAGAGGAAGCCCUGUCACAUUUACCGCCUGGUGUGCGACUACACCUUGGAGAAGAAAAUCUAUGAUCGGCAGAUUUCCAAGCAGGGCAUGUCCGACCGAGUGGUGGAUGAUCUGAACCCGGUGCUGAAUUUCACUCGCCGGGAGGUGGAGUCUCUGCUGCACUUUGUGGAGGAAGAGCCUGAUCCUCACCGGGUUCACCUGGAUACCACAGACGACCUGGAGACAGUCAUCCAGCAGGCCUGCUUCCUCUAUCCCCAUCUUAUCACCAAGCAACCCUUCCACCACGAUUCGCUCCUGAUGGACCGCAAGGAAAUGAAGCUCACCAAAGCAGAGAAGAAGGCCGCUAAGAAGGGCUAUGAGGACGAGAAGCGUGCCUCCGUGCCCUACACAAGGCCCUCGUACGCACACUACUACCCAGCCAGCGACCAGAGCCUCACCAACAUCCCCGCCUUCAGUCAACGCAACUGGCGGCCUCCACCGCGGUCGGACGAGAAGCCAGUAGCUAGUGUCCGCCCAGUCCAGUCCACUCCCAUUCCCAUGAUGCCUCGGCAGGUGUCCCUGAGCUCGGGCUCCUCAUUGGCUGGCCCGAGUUCAGGUGUCCACUUUCCUGUCAACUACCUCCAGAAGGCUGGUGUUUUUGUACAGAAGAUCGUCACCACCACAGAUAUUGUGAUUCCAGGAAGCAACAGCAGCUCGGAUGUCCAGGCACGCAUCAGUGCCGGAGAGAGCAUUCACGUGAUCAGAGGCACCAAAGGGACCUACAUCCGAACAGGCGAUGGGAGGAUCUUUGCCAUUCGUGCAGCGGGGAAGGCGAGAUCAGGAGAUGAGAGCGCAGCCACACAGCGAGAUGCUCAGAGGUCAUCCGAGGAGCCACCCAGCAACGGCAGUAAUGGCUGCGUCUCCCUCGACCAUAAGCACUUGAGCCCGGGCAGCUUGGCGCGGCCUGUGUCCCCCAACAGCCCCGAGAUCCUCAGUGAGCUGCAGAGAUACACCGCUGAAGACUGUGGCAGCAGUAAGCCGACAGGGUCGGUGAUGAUGGCGAUGCCGGAGAGGACCGGCGAGACAGGCAGUGCGCAGGCCCAGGCCGAUGUGACGGGCUCACAGCCAGGCGCAAACGCUACCACGGCGCUGGACCUGCGGGGCACCAAGCGCAAGGCCCUCACACCCCCCUCUGACGAGCACACCCACGGCAAACAGGCCUCCGGCAAACGGACCUCCGGGUCCCUGGCGCUACAGGGCUUCCCGCUCGCUGGCAACUAUGGCCUUCCGUCCCUGGGUCUCAAUCCAGCAUUGCUGGGCUCUAUGGGCCACACCAUGUUCAUGGGAGCCAACCCACCAUACUUCCAGUCACAUGGCCAGUUGGGUGACCCACGCCUUAUGUUUCCCAUGACCUCUGACCCUUUCAGCGUGGGCAGCAGCAGCCUGCCCAGCUCCUCCUCGGCGGCAUCCCCGGCGUCCACCACCUCCAUGGCGUCCUCCACUGCUGCUGGGUCCACGUCGGCCUCCCUGCCCCACUUUAUGCUCAACCCCAGUAUGGCCGGAAUACUCCCGCCCGGAUUCCCCCUGGCUUAUGGCCAGUCACUGAUGCCUGAGGCCAGAAUGUAUGCGAACCCGUUGCUCCCAGGCGGGGGACUCUCUGCCUCCUCAGGUACUACAGGGUCCAGCUUCCUCUCACAUUUUCCUACCCCUAGCCUCCUGGGAGCAGCACUAAGGCAGCCGGACGUGCACACGGUCUCAGAAAAUGGAGGCAGCAGCUCUGACGAUGACGUGAUCGAGGUGAUGGAACAGUGAGCUCCUCUCAGCUUUCUGGGCUGGGGUAUUGGGCGCUUGGGUAGAGGUAGGAGGAGGAGGAGCAGGAGGCUUAAAGAUUCCUCUAAACACACCCAUGCCCUCUCCCCUGCCCCACACUCUUCUCACGAGAGAGAGAGAAGAUGGGGACCUGAUAUAGAAACUGGACAAUAAAACAAAUCCUUAUGCUGAAAUUACUGAACGUUAAAGGUAAAUGAGAAGAAGCUGAGCAUGAGAGAAUCGGGAGAGGAUGAGGGGUCGCCGGCUGCUGUUGCGCACUGGGCACUGGGCUCUAACCUGCAGUGACUCCCACGUACCUCCUGGGGGUGCUGUCUGUUCAGAAGUGUCUGGCAGGUCAGUGUAGUUGUUGUCUUGAAAUGUUUUCUUUAUCAAAACAGGUGAUUAGACUAGUUUAUUUGCUAGUUUGAUAGGUCUAGGAAGUAGUGCACCUGUUGGGACGGAAAAAAAAAUAUCAGUGAUCUGAUUGUUUUGAUUCUAAUUAUUAUUGCUAAUAUUAUUAAUAAUUUUAUAAAUGGUGGUCAUGAUCAUACAAUUGCCCAAAGGGUUAUAAAAAUGUUUAGGUUAGUCCUUGGAAAUGCAGGCAAGUUGGGGAAGGGGGGGUCAUGUUUGGGAAUGAUGGGAAAAUGAUGGGGGUGAAACGAACUCCUGGCGUUUGGGGGUGAGGAACCUGUACUCCUGGGUUGUUGCAACAGAAUUUCUAUGAGAAAAUAGUAAAACCUUAAAAGCUCAAAGAAUGUAUAUUCAUUUCAGCCUUUAAUGACAACCCAUUGCCACAGGAUUGACAGGCAGGCGUUGGCAGGCCUUGCUGCUUUCUCACUGAAUGUCAACAGUCAGACUCAGACAGAGACAGCUGCCCCAAACCAGACUCAAAACGGACGCCUGUUGUCCUUCAGUAGAUGUGCUGUCUCUCAGAAGUCAUUGCAUCCAUCCUGGAAACUGGCCCCAAAUUGUGCCAGUGGUUCUUGCUUCACACGCCACUUUUUGUCUUUUCUUCAAAACUUUGUUUAAAAAUAAAAUUCUGAUUUAAAAAAAAACAGCCUUGGCCGUUCCCCGUUGGUCUGGAAUGACGGGUUGAGUGACCAGGCAGCCUUCUCACACCCCAACUCGUGUGCGUAAGUACACCAAACCGGGAGAACAGAAUGUGUCCGAGGAAAGUUUGAAAUGGAGCAUGUGCCAAACACUGACCGCUGCCAUCUUCUGUUCUACUCUUGUUGAUGACAGUCACGAUGAGAGCUGGAAAGGAAGUUAGCAUCUUCCGAGCUUUUAUAGGGAGGAGUGUGAACUUUACAAGAAUUACAACAAUCCACUAUACAUCUCGACACCAAAUAUAUGCAGAAAUACUAAGUCUGAACAUACCUAUUUUUUUUUUACACCACCAGCUAUAAAACCAUAGUUAUUUUUGAUUUCCCUGUAAGACAUAAAAGCGAGCAGAAAGGCUAUUUAAUAAAUAAGGCUACGGCAGUCUCUCCCCCCCCCCCCCUCCCCCUUAGGGUCCUAUAAAGUGGAGCACCAAAAGCCUGCAGGUCACCCUUGGUUUUAACUUCUGGAUUUGCUCUUCUCAGCUUCACACUACUGCUUUCCUGGAGACAUCUGUAUGGAAGGGAUCUGGCUUUAGGUUAAGCCGGAUGCACAGUUGUAUGUUGGUAGCUGUUUUCUGCCUGCGUGCCUGCGUGCGUGCGUGUGUGCUUGCGUGUGUGCGUGUAUGAUUGUAAUUGUGAUUUGGGUAUGUUUAGAGAAAUCUAGGCAGUUUACGUACUUCUUUUAGAUACAUUUGGUGAUAAUUAUGCUUCCUUUUAUUAUUUUUUUUUCUUCUUAAUUAGUCUGUGCAUAAAUUCAGGUGGAAAAGAGGCGUGCGGCAUUUUAAGCCUUUGGAAAGAUGGACAUGUAUUUGGGAACCACCCCACUGUGUUCGCACUGCUCUGGCCCAAAAAUACGGUGUUUCACGUUCCAGCAACACAGUCAGAAACGCUGCUGUUGGCAGGUCAAAUGAAUCUUAAGUUGUGCUUCUCCUUUCUCCAGAUUAUAUUCAUUUUUUUAACAAUAUUUUCUUAAAGUAACUAGUUACCUUUUCUAUUCUUUUAUAUCAUCAUUAAAAUGUUAGUUUACAUUUUUUCAUUGUAUAAUUUUUUUCCUAAUUAAUUUAUUUAUGUUGGUUUAUAUUUAUUAAUGUGUAUUUUAUUUUUGUAUUUUGCGAAACGGACAACUGACCAAAGUGUGUGCGCGACCUGGGACCGAUGAGCACACGGGGGGCAGUACGUUCACCACAGGCUACCACCAGCCUGAGUAAAUGACAUGGUCUUCUGCUCUUUACUCAGCUUCUCAUACAUCAUGGAAUAGGAGGUAGCUUGCUUGUUAAAAGGAACUUUUUGCGGUCUUGAUCACAGUUUUUGUUGAGAAUACAUUAGCCAUCAGUCCAUUGCAGGCAGGGACCAAUGUGCUUUCGCCCCCCCCCCCCCCCCCCUUUAUGAGCAAUCUGCUGUAUUGCAGUAAUGCUGAACAAGGAACUGAAAUAACAUCUAAGUCUGUAUAAACACAAUCAGUUGAUAUGUAUCAAACAGCUUAUAACUUUUUCCAGUUCUGUAUUUUUUUUUACAUUUUGUUAAUAAAAUAAAAAUGUUUUGAAUGACAUUCCAAGCUCAUUUACUUUAAAACAUCUUUAGCCUUAGUUUAAGUUUUGGGACUUGCUGUCGUCGUCGUCAUCGUCGUCUUCAAAUUUGACUUUGGCAAGGAUUAAGCAGUUUCUGUUUAUUCUAAAUGACAAAUUUCAGACCCAAAAUUUUUAAUUUUCAAUGUUUUAAAAAAAGUGAAAUACUGAUUUAUUCUAGUAAAUUUAGCCAGAUGUUUUUAUUUCGAACACAGAAUCAACCCAAAUUGCAUCUUUGGACUUUAACCCCAAAUGCUGACUUCUGAAGAGAAGUUUGACUGAAACGAAGUCCAGUACACCCUCUCCUGCACCCCAAAUGCAUUUCCCAAUUCAUAGAUUAGAGACCAGCAUAUCUUGUCUUUGUAAGAGCUCUUAAACAGCAACUCUUGAAUGAUGCAAACUGUAAAUCACAUAUUGUCCAUGCCAUGGCACAUUUAGUGGUCUACAGAACAAUGUGCCUACAUUUAUACAAUACCCUGAAGUAAAUGGGUAAAUUCAUGUAGCGACUUUAUGGUGACAGCUGAUUAGUAACUCAGUCAUGUCAGUCCACUUGUUGACCUAAACUGUCACAAAUAAAAAAAAAAUCCUGUGAGUUUUUGCAAGUUGUUUAAAAAGACUUCUGUCGCAUCACAAACUUAACCCCAGUGUUGUCCUCUAUGACACUCAUUCUGCACAAUUCGUUUUCUUUCUCAUUUUUGUCUUUUCUAAAAAGAACUAAAGGUCAAAAGGUAUUUGGAAUGAUCUUUAAGUGCAUUUUAUUUGCCUGGAGUCCAUUGGUUUAUCACGUAAAGUCUGGUGAUGCCUUUCACCACCUCCAUGCUGGCAUUUGCCAAAGAUACAGUUGACCUCCCCUCACCACAAUUGAAGUUCUCAAAACACAAACCUGAUGCUUUCUUGUGGUACAGAAAAUAGUUUUCUUUUGGUUGAUGUGAAAUGUGAACUUACAUAAUUAUUUCAGAACCAUUCAUUUUAUCUCUUCAAAUUAACCAUCAUAUAAUUUUGCCAUUUUCUAAGUCCCCAAAUGUAACAAUUGUGAAAUGUCAUGUGAUGUUUAUAAUUUGAGAUUUUGUCCAGAGUGAAAUAUACAUAAAGCAGAUGUGAUUUGUUGCUAAAUCCACCUGAAAUGGUAUUUGUAUGUGUCCACAUACAAACGUAAGGUUUAACAACUUUGGUUUGCCUGCAUUUACAGUCAUUGUAGACGCAUAAAUGUUGCGAUUUGCUUUAAAGACAAAGUGGAUUAAGGUUUUUCCUCCAUUUCCUGUGAACUCAAAUUUGUUUUUAGCUGUAUGAUUCCCCUCCACAUCAUUAAUCAGAUAAUUUCUUCUUCUAGAAGCCUUAGAUUUAAACCAUUAGCUAUGCAAAGGUUAUUUUCAAUUAUAUUUCAAGAAAAGUGCUUUUUUUGUAACUUACCACACUGAAAAAAAAACAUGAAAAUAAGAGGAUGGAUCCAACAUUUGUAUAUGUGUUCAACAGGUUAUUCGAUGUCAGUUUUCCAAUACUGUGUAUCUACUCCAAAGAACGUUGGGGGGAGACUCCUUUGAUUUUGAUCUGUGUUGCUGUGUUUUGCCGUGUGAACUGUAUUGUAAAACAUUAACCAAAAGGGGAGGUAUGCUGAGACCAGAAACAUUUCCAGUGGUGCUGAAGAGCACUGAAGUUCCACAUUGAUUUUAUAGAUAUAUAUAUAAAUUUUUUGGUUACACAACUCUGUGUAUGAAUGCGUAGCUUCUAAAGACAAUAGCAGCAGGCGAAAUUUAUGAAAGAUGUAAGGUUUUGGGAACCACUCUAUCCUCACCCCAUGGAUUGCCUGAAUAACUGUGGUCUGUGACAAACAUUUCCAGAUAUGAAUCCACACUGAUGGGCAGCAAGCACAGUACCAUGAAGAAAUUUGAUGUUCCAGUAGGAUAAUCCAGUAAACUGUUCUUAAUGUUGUCUUUACAGAUACUUGUGGCAGACUUGGGGAGCUGCCUUAUGGAAAUGUUGCCUGUACGUACUCGGUUUUAAGAUGUUCAAGUCCUAUCAUCUGUAUGGCCGUACAGGUCCCUGCACACCUCCUUUGGUUUGAGUAAAACUGCUAAUUGUCCUCUGUUCAUUGCCAUGUGCGGUAGAUGAGUAAAUGACAUGGUGAGAUCGCUGCUUACGGCAUGUGAGAGAGCAUGCCCAACACGAUGAGGUAGCUUGUACCAGAAUGGAGGACAACUGAUCGACUGUGCUUAUAGUCAUACUGCUGGUCUUCCCAGUCUGCUGAAAUGCUUGGGCAUGCUCCUUUAGUGGUUUCCCAGGAUUAUUUUUUAUUGUUUAAUGAUGGAAAUAAAUGUUGAUGGCAUUUAUUUUUGCUCUGUUCUUGUUAUUUCGAGUAGCACUUCUGCUGUUUAACUUUUUUUUACAGGAAAAAAAAAUGUAAUGUCAAUUUUGUGUGAAUUUUUUAAUUUGGCUAUUCAUGGAAAAAUAAAGACUGUGUAUGCAAUUAAAAAUUGUGGGGUUGUCA